AUGCCUUGGUAUAUCGUCUCCCAUCGGGACCCCAUCAGCUCCUCGCAGCGAGAUGAACUCGCAAAUGCAAUUACGAAGGUUCACACAAAUCUGUUCACCACACCAUCUCUCUUUGUCAAUGUGAGAUUCGAAGACGCAUCCAAAGCGCACCACUAUGUUGGGGGCAAACCAAAACUUGUGAAUUGCAUUCAAGCACACGUCCGCUCCGGCCCGUCACGCUCCCGCUCAUCAUAUAAUGAACUAUGCCGCCAGCUCCGCGCCGCCUGGGAAUCGGUCCUGGCAACGACGCCUCUUGACACUAUCUCAGUGCAUGGUUCCCUCGUCGCGGGUGAGGAAAACGGAUUCCUCAGACCAGAAGCUGGCCACGACGCUGAGUGGGUGAGAGAGAACAUGCCUGAGUUUGAGCGAUUAGCAGCAGCAGGGGACGAGGAGAUGAGGGCGUUGGUGGAAGAGUGUAGGACCAGGGGACUGGGCGUCUAG